UGCAUUAGUUCUGUUUGUGUGCUCUAACUGCUAGAUAUAAGUUAAACAGCACGUUUAUUCCUCGUCUCGUCCUGUUAAAAGCCAAUAGAUGGUGAUGAUGAGCUGAAUGUAUUAAGAAAACUAAACACAAUGAAGUAUCAUUUCAGUAGGUGAGAUCUGGAUGAUUUGGGUCAGUCGUUGGUGAAUUGAGCCGGUGCUGGUGAAGAUGGCGAGUGCUCUGCUGGAGUAUGAGACGGAGAUGUUUCUGAGUGUGUUCAGCACAGACGGGCUGCUGAUCACGGCUGAAGGACUCGGCAUUGACCGCCUUCUGCUGCACUUCAUGAAGGUGUAUUCUGAGGAGGGCAGCUUGGUGCUCUUGCUGAACACCAGCACUCCUGAACAGGAGUAUUUGACGGAGCGGCUGCGAGCUGAAGGAGUCACUCAUCUUCCUCAAACUGUGACCAGUGAUGUGCAGAGUGCUGACAGAUAUAACGUGUACACUAAAGGAGGAGUGCUGUUUGUCACUAGCCGAAUCCUAGUGGUGGAUUUCCUGACUGACAGAAUCCCUGCUCACCUAGUAACAGGAAUCCUGGUGUACCGGGCACAUAAUAUCAUUGAGUCUUGUCAGGAGGCUUUCAUUUUGAGACUUUAUCGUCAGAAAAACAAAACCGGCUUCAUCAAGGCCUUUACAGAUAAAGCCACAUCCUUCUCUUCAGGAUUCUGUAAAGUCGAGCGUGUCAUGAGAAACUUGUUUGUGAAGAAACUUUUUCUCUGGCCAAGAUUCCAAGCAUCAGUGAACGCAACGCUGGAUAAACACAAGCCAGAUGUGGUGGAGCUGCACGUGACUCUGACUCCAGCAAUGAGAGCCAUUCAGAGCUCCAUUCUGGACAUCAUGAAUGCCUGCCUGAAAGAGCUGAAGCGCUACAACCCCACACUGGAAGCAGAAGACCUUUCUUUGGAGAACAGCCUGGGCACUGCCUUUGAGAAAACAAUUCGUCAUUACCUUGACCCACUGUGGCAUCAGCUGGGGUCCAGGACCAAAUCUCUUGUUCAGGACCUGAAGAUUUUAAGAACCCUUCUUCUCUACCUCACUCAGUACGACUGUGUCACCUUCCUCAAUCUGCUGGAGUCUUUGAGAACCAGCCAGAAAAGUUUUGGUAGUAAUUCAGGUUGGUUGUUCCUGGACUCAAGCAUGUCUAUGUUUGUAAAUGCUCGCAGUCGUGUGUAUCGCAUUCAGGAGUCUAAGAAAAAACUGAAAGUUGGAGAGAUUGAGCAGAAACAAAACCUAGCGCCUCCGAAAAGAGAGCUUGUGCUUGAGAAGAAUCCAAAGUGGGAAGCACUUACAGAAGUCCUACAGGAGAUUGAGAAAGAAAACAGCAAAUCUGAGCACGAACCAGGCCGAGUGUUGAUAUGUGCCAGUGAUGACAGAACCUGUGCUCAGCUGAAGGAAUACAUCCAAAAAGGGCCAGAACACCUGCUGAACCGCCUUUAUUCACGCACUAUUGGAAAAGAAGAUCCUCAGCCUGAUUUACUGAAGCUUGACAAAGGCUGGCAAAAGAAAGACUCUGCUAGGAGCAAAGGAAAAAACUGCCGUCAGAAAAGAACCAAAGCCAACUCAAAGAAACCGGCAAAGAUGGAGAAACUGUCAAGAGUCUCUCAGGACGAUAGUGCUGAUAAGGACCUUAAUGAGAACAGUGAAGAUGAAGGAGGGUUGAUUGAAGAGGAGGAAGAAGAGGAGAUUGUUCUGGAUCUAUCAUCUGAUGAUUAUUAUGGUAUUCUGAAAGAGCCACUGACUGUCAUUCACCCACUGAAGGGAUGCAGUGACCCCUACAGUCUGACCCGCGUGCUGCAUGAGGUUGACCCCAUGUUUGUCGUCUUGUACGAUGCUGAACUCAGUUUUGUGCGGCAGCUGGAGAUUUAUAAAGCAUGCAGGCCUGGAAAACCACUCCGUGUGUAUUUUCUCAUAUAUGGAGGUUCAACAGAAGAACAGAGAUAUCUUACAGCAUUAAACAAAGAAAAGCAAGCGUUUGAGCACCUCAUAAGGGAAAAGGCCAGCAUGGUUGUGCCAGAAGAAAGAGAAGGUAGAGAAGACACCAAUCUAGAUCUUGUCCGCAGUCAGGAACCUGCUAGUGCCGCCACAAACACCCGCAAAGCAGGGGGACUUGAAGAGGUUAAAGAGCCUCAUCGGAUCAUCGUCGACAUGAGAGAGUUUCGCAGUGAACUUCCUUCACUUCUGCAUCGACGUGGUCUGGACAUCGAGCCUGUCACCUUAGAGGUCGGCGACUACAUACUGACGUCUGACAUCUGCGUAGAGCGCAAAAGCGUCAGCGACCUCAUUGGCUCCUUACAGAGCGGACGCCUUUACACACAGUGCCUCUCCAUGACUCGAUUCUACCGCCGUCCUGUGUUGCUCAUCGAGUUUGACCCCGCUAAACCAUUCUCCCUGGUGGCCCGCAGUGACUUUCGGCAGGAGAUCUCAGCCAACGAUGUCACCUCCAAACUGACCCUUCUCACCCUCCAUUUCCCCCGCCUUAGGCUCCUCUGGUGCCCUUCGCCGUAUGUGACGGCAGAGCUGUUUCAGGAGCUCAAGCAUGGCCGUACCGAGCCGGACGCCAGCACAGCUCAGGCAGUUACAGCAGAAUCAGAGACUGUGACCGAAUCUGCAGAUCUGUACAAUCCUGGACCUUACGACUUCCUGCUGCGUAUGCCUGGAGUCAAUGUGAAGAACUUCAAGAGUCUGAUAAAACAUGUUUCCUGCCUCGCUGAUCUUGUGACAUUUAGCCAGGAGACGCUCAGUGAGAUUUUGGGCAGCAGCAGCAAUGCCAGGAUGCUUUAUGAAUUCAUACACAAUCCUAUGGAUGUGCGGCCAAUUCAGAAGAAUAAGUAGAUAUCGUGAGGAGAAAUAAAAAGUGUUUUUAUUGUGAUAUUGUGGGCCAAUCGUGGAAAUUGUACCUUGAUAAAAGGGUUUAUUUUUAUAUUUAUUGUAAAAUUAAGAUGCAGUGAAUGAAUUAAUGUAUUUCUGAAUAUUUAAAUGCCUUGUAUUUUUUAAAUGUUGUGUUAGAAUUCGUAGGUUUGGUGUGACUUUGCAUGUAGUUAUAGAUGUUCAUUGUAGAUAACUUUACUAACUGUACUGUAGAGUCAUUGGCUUAGAAGGUGAGUUUCAUAUCACCACUCUUUUAGAAAAAUGUUGCAAUUUUUAUCGUGAUUGAAAUAAACUAUUUCUGUAAUGAA